UGUUUUUAUUUGAAGAAAAAAAAAUAAAAAAGAAAAACCAUUUUUGUUAUUUACGUCGAUCUGACGCGCCUUCCGAUAAUCCUGGAAUUGCAGUCGGCAGUUCCCUGGGAGUCCGAUUGUGGUUUCGGAGUUGUUCUUCCAUUUCGGUCUCUUCCACCGUCCUUUCCCAGCUUUAUAUACGGACGGUGCGUCCGGUUCAACCGUCAUUUUCCUAGGGUUUCGGAAUUUCAAUCUUCAAUAGGGCUUGUUUAUUUAGGGUUUGAUAGGUGUUUUUGGUGCACCAAAAGAUGCAGAUGAUACAGACAUGGACGAAUCUGGGAUUGGUAUGAGGAUUUGGGCCCCGAUUGCGAGGCCACACCGGGACAUGGAAUCGAAGUCUUCGUCGUCUUCUUCUUACUCUUCGUCGAUGUGUUAUCUCGGGUGCCGGUUGCGGUUCCGAAAAUCGGCAUUCGAUUCGUAUUCGGUAGCUUGCGAAACGUUCUGGGAAAAAAAGUCCCUUCUUCUUCGUCUUCUUGGGUUCAGAAUCAAGCUGCUUUAGUAGGGUUUACGAGGUCUGUUGUCGAUCUUCCUCUUUGUUGGCCGCUUUCGUGAAUUCGUCGUUGUUUUGGGGCAAUGGAUUUUGGUGCGGGUCGAGAAUCGGAGGAUGAGGAUGGUGCGGUUGUGGAGAAAGAUCCGACCGGGCGAUACGUACGGUAUGAUGAAGUGUUGGGGAGAGGAGCAUUUAAGACUGUAUACAAGGCAUUUGAUGAAGUUGAUGGACUAGAAGUUGCUUGGAACCAAGUGGACAUUGAGGAUGUAUUGCAGUCACCACAGCAGCUGGAAAGAUUAUAUUCAGAGGUUCAUCUGCUGAAAUCUUUGAAACAUGAAAAUAUUAUCAAGUUCUAUAAUUCUUGGGUAGAUGAUAAGAACAAGACCAUCAACCUGAUAACAGAGUUGUUCACUUCUGGGUGUUUGAGGAAAUAUCGUAAGAAGCAUAAGAAUGUUGAUAUAAAGGCCAUCAAGAACUGGGCAAGGCAGAUUCUUCGAGGUUUAAGCUAUUUGCAUGGCCACAAUCCUCCGAUUAUCCACAGAGACCUGAAAUGCGACAAUAUAUUUGUUAAUGGGAAUAAUGGAGAAGUUAAAAUUGGAGAUCUUGGAUUGGCAACUGUCAUGCAGCAGCCUACUGCCCGAAGUGUUAUUGGCACUCCUGAGUUCAUGGCUCCAGAGCUUUAUGAAGAGGAAUAUAAUAAUCUUGUUGACAUAUAUUCUUUUGGCAUGUGCAUGUUAGAAAUGGUUACAUGUGAAUACCCAUAUAGUGAAUGCAAAAAUCCAGCUCAAAUAUAUAAGAAGGUUACCAAUGGCAUAAAGCCUGCUUCCCUCAGUAAAGUGAAUGAUCCCCAAGUUAAGCAGUUCAUAGAGAAGUGUCUGGGUCCAGCAUCUACGAGAUUGACAGCAAUUGAGCUCUUGAAAGAUCCAUUCCUUUUGACUGCAAAUUCUAAGGAUCUCAUUUGUGAUUCCCUGCGGUUACCCAAUAAGUCGCUCGAAUUGGUGAACCUGCCUCAGCUUGAAUCUCAUGCCAUGGACAUAGACUCCAACUGCAAGAAGCUUUCUGUUGGCUCAAGCAUAAAAGGCAUCAAUGGAACUUCAAACUCUUCAACUCUAGAAUUUCAGAGGUUUACUGAGAAUAACGAAUUUAGGUUAAGAGGGGAGAAAAAUGAUGACAAUACAAUUUCAUUAACUCUGCGCAUCGCUAAUCCCCGUGGUCAGUUGAGAAACAUCCAUUUUGCAUUCUAUCUUGAUUCUGAUACUGCAAUUUCAAUAGCCGAGGAGAUGGUUGAACAACUUGAUCUGUCAAAAGAAGAUGUGGCCGUCAUUGCUGAGCUAAUUGACAACUUGCUUGCCGAGCUUGUACCCAGAUGGAAAUCUGUAUUUGAGAACUGUUCAUAUGAAGCAACCUCUUCGUUUUGUGAUUCUCCUCCACUUCAGGUUUGUGGAAAUUUAGGGUCAGUAGAGGCUCCUGCCAAGGCAGUUGUUGAGCACCAUAAUGUCCCACAAAUGGCUGAUGUGGAAGGUGAAGACAAUCAAGAAUCAACCAUUUCAGAUAUAUCAGCUGAGUAUGGUGUCUCAAUGGCAGCCUCAGAUGCCGGUUUUGACUGUGCUUUGGAGUCUGAUUAUUUCAGUCUUGAUGAAUGCCAUAAAGGUUUAAAUGGGUGUUCGAAUUCAGAAUAUGGGGAAUAUGAUCAUGGUGGGCAUACUGUGAAGAGCUAUGAAGAUAUUGUUGGUGAAUCUGUUAUGUUUAACGAGCCUCCAGAGAACUCUGCAACCUCCUGUCUCCAUUUAUGUUCCGGCAUGUUAGAAAACUUUAGCCUAUCGAGCAUAUGUUGCCCAUCUCUGGCAGAAAAUAAUCAGUGUGAUGAGCUAAAGCUGGAGUUGGAUGCAAUUGAUACACGGUAUCACCAACGUUUGGUUCAACUCAUGAGGAUGAGGGAGGAAGCAAUGGCAAAUGCCAAAAAGAGGUGGAUGAUGAAGAAACAAACAUCUGUUAUUUGAUUUAUUGUAUUUAUUUAUUUUUUCCCUCUGUUGUAAUAAUUGCCUUUGCCCCUUGACACUGUGUAUAUGGCAAUAUAUGUAGUAAAUCAUUUUCUUAAAAAAUUAAUCCAUUUGAUUUCCAUUAA